GAUACAUCUGCGUAUCGCUGUUAGGCGCCGUCCGGCAAGUCUUGUUUACGGAUAUACCUCAUCCCAGGGAUCAGAAAAAGAAGGCAGAGAAAGGGAUGUUGACUUGUCCCUCUGACUCGCUCCCUCACAUAGUUUGUCCAAUGGAUGGAGAUGCUAUUCCCCCAAUCCCUUUCUGUAGUGCACCUUCCCACAGUGAUCCUCCACCACCUCUCCUCCCCCUUCCCUCCAUCACUCCCAGCCACACAAAUGAUGGGAUACCUGAACAGAGAAGAAGUGGUUGCAUCCAAGGGAUCAGAGCACACACUGAGAAUAACACAGACGGUGAUUCAGUACAGGAGCCUUCUAAACAGAAUCCAACCCCCACCCAUCAAAGGGAGGGUGAAAGCAUGGUGUCACCGUCCAAGCAGCUGAGAGUUGAAAGCACAAAAGUGCAUGUAAAGCAAAAUGAGGAUGGCUUCCGUUGUAGCUACACUGCAGAACACACAAACAACCAAACGGAUCAGGAAAGCCAUGAUGCUACAGAGGAUGUAGUGGAGCACUGUGCCUUCAAUGCCGCACAGCAUCACACCGAUAUGAUUAAAUGCGACAUGGAUACAAGUCAGGGAUUGGACAUGCUGCUGGAAAAUGCAUCUGCCCAGAAGGGGUGGGUGAUUGGCCCAUUGUUUCAGUCUUUCAAGUCGAAGAUGGCUAGUUUCACUGAGAUUGUCAUGAGUCCUUUUAAAGCCAGUAGUCCUCCACCAUCAAUGGAGCAUCCACAGAACUUCAGCGAGUGUGAGCUACCCACUGAUGGACCAUCUGAAAUGGGUGACUUGGAGCCAGGUGGAAGAAAUGAGUCCAGUGAAAUGGGGCCUGAAACAAAACAGCAGAGCCUCAGUGAUAUGGAAAAUACACCGAAAACACAAACUGUUGACAUUAAGUGUUUGAAAAAGUUGUCUUUUGGCGAGGAGUCAACACCGAGCUUAGAGAAGACAGACGAAUGUGGAAAAAUGUUUAAGGAAGCAAACUGUCAUGAUUCUGUGCCUUUGCAACACAGUCCCAUUCUUUGCUUUCCUACUGAGACUCUUGCAGAAUCUGUUGAACCUGUCAUUGGCUCCUCUGUUCUGUUCCAGGCCUCUGUUGAUUUCAGUACAUCUCAUAAGUCAAAGUUGGUAUCCACUGUUGAUAAGGACAAGCAGACUGCCCCACUCAAACCACUGUCUAGAAAACGCAUGGGAAACAGUUCAGAAUCCAAACCUCUUGCACCUGAAUUCAAAAAGGAGAAGUCUGACCUAGAGGCCAAUAACUGUAGUGGUAUUAAUAAAACUGUGCCAUUAUCCGCUACAGGCUGUGACACUCAGCCUGGCAUGGAAUGUCUCCAGACGGAUGGUGAUGAGGGAAUGCAAGUGCAAAACUCCCACUUGGUUCGACAGAGCCUCCGCAUUAGUGCAAACCGUCUUAAUGGAAGGACGGUGAAGUGUGGUAAAGAUCUUCAGGUGGUGGAAUAUUUAGCUUCUGGUUCUGGACGAGCAAAGAGAGGACUGAGACUGCCCCGCCAUGCUACAGGGAAUAUAUGUACAAAUGAUGCAAUGACGCAAGAGUUGAUGAAUGUAGCUACAGGUAUUGACCUAACGAGGGAGCCAUCGAGAAGGGAAGCUGUGUCAUCAAGGACUGUUCUAGAAACAGAAAACCCCCUGAAGCCUGCCACUAAACGAAGGGCUCACUCAACAAGGACAAGGAAAGACAGAGGUGGACAAGAAAUGCUGCCCACAGUGAUUGGAGCAGUGUUAAAGACAGAGACUCAAACGUCAGAGGCCCGUUUUGUGUGUUCACUGGAUAAAAGCAGUGACGUGUCGGGAAACCUCCAAAAUGUCUUCAGCAGCAUCAACAGCAAUCCCACUGUUUUAGGCAGAAGAUUGAAGAUAAGAGCAGAUCUAGUUGAACCUGACCUAAGUAUUGAUGAUGGUAUGGAUCUGGAAACCACUGUAGCAAUCACUUCUGCGAAAGAGGGGGAGCAGCUUUCAUCAGAGGCUUUCAUCCGUCCCGACACAGAACGGCUGCAGAGCAAACGUAGGAAUCCUGAUAAAAAACCACUCAGACGGAGGUCCCCAGUCCAGACAAGUUCAGGCACAGAGUCUGAUCUGGUUUUUACCUCCUCUGCAGAGCCAUCGGAGCUCAUGGCCAUGGAUUUGAACGUUUCUCUGCCUGUUCAGCGAGAGAAGAAGGUGAAAAUGGGGUUGAACAGGCCACCCAAGAGAAAGAAAGGCCUCAAAGACUCUCUUCAAUCUUCUGAAUCUAUUGGGGGUCAAGAGAAAAAGCACCGUAUGGACAAUGUGCCAACCAAAAAAAGGCAGGCCCGCGAAGAUGGAAGUAAAACCUCAAGGAACCCUGUAUAUUUAGAAAUGACAUCCGCUCCCUCAUACUCUCAACCUCCCUCCAGCUGCCCUGCACUGUUAAAUAAUGACAUUAAAGUACAUGAGACAGAGAAGAGACCGGCUUCUUUUCUACAGGAGGUAGUUCCCACCGAGACUGGUGCCUCCAAGCUAAACUCGACUCCGAGGAAUGUUAACGUUAGGCCGAGGAGAGCGGACAGGCAACGGGGCAAAGCCGCAGUGUUGCACAGCAGGACACGUAAAGCCGCAGAGACGCCCACCUCCGUCACCAUGGAGGAUGCAGAUCUGCCCAGAAGCCCACCAGAGGGCGGCGCGGCCAGGCGUCUGUUACGCAGCUACUCCUGCCCAGAGAUCCCCUCCUUCCGCUCCCACGAGACGCCGCCGCACCCCUGCAGGACCCCCACGUCGCACCAUCGCCUGUCUCCACUCACUCCCCACGUGCCUCACCCACGCAAGUCUGCGCCGCGAGCUCGUCGCCACACUGUGUGCAGCAUUGAGGUGGAGCGAGAGAUCGCCCCCCUGUGUCUGCGUAAGGAGGUGUACCCGUCCAGGAGGUCUGCCCCGUACGACUUCGUCCCCCAGCACCUGUCCCCCACCGUUGUGCUUUCCUACAACACUACCCUGUCGGCGCUCGCCUCGUGUUUCCUGUCAAGCUCCCUGGCUUUUCUUUCCAAGAAGGUGGACGGCAGAUGUUCUGCUGCAAGCCCCAGCACUUUCUCCUCGUCCAGAUCCCCAGGAUUUUUUCAUAAUGCUGGCUCCCCUCAUGCCACCGUGGACCCCAGUAGCAGCACCACUUCUUUGGAGUGUGAGCCUCAGUCAAGACACAAAUGCGAGGUGGAGUAUGCUGAAGACACAAGUUGCUCCAGUCAGGAGUAUGAGGAUGUUGGCUUGAGAGAGGAAAAGGCUCUCUCUGAUUCUGAAAUUAAGGUGGUGCAAAAGCAUGAGGAAAAAGGGAAGGUGUCAUCUAUCAGAAUUCGGAAAACUUUACCCAAACCCCAGAAUAACCUGACUCCCAUGGGCCUGCCUAAACCCGUCAGAUUGAAAAAGAAGGACUUUAGUCUGGAGGAAAUCUACACAAAUAAAAAUUUCAGCAAACCCCCUGAAAGCCGGCUAGAGACCAUAUUUGAAGUGCCGCUCAGUCGCCGGAACGGAUCAGAGUCCAUGUUUGGCCAAAGACGUGUCAAGCGGUUCCUGGAGUUCCUGGAGGCUGGCGAGGUCAGAAAGUCCAAGAAGCCUCUUGUUGGUGUGGGAAAGCCAGCUGGUUCGUCCUCCAGGACGAGAAGGGGCGGCUUCUCUAAAGACGAACCGCCCCUUAGUGCACAGGACGUGGACUCGCUGCUUUGUGCCAAGCUGCAUGAGCUGAAUCUGUGGUUGAUAACAGAUCAGGGCAGUUGACAGAUCAGCAUACAUUAGCAUUAAAUACUGCAACGCUGUUUAUACAACUGUAUGAAAAUCGACAUUCAGCUUUGUUCGUGUCAGCACAGACUGUAUAAAACUGAAGACUUAGCUUUAUAGCAUUUGUAAGCUGAAGACAACGAAGCACCAUGAACAUGUUUUAUCAGAGAAGUCGCCUAUGAACACAGAUAUUAAAUGCUUUAAACAGCACAGGAAGUGGCUUUAAUAUUACAGCAUUCAAACCUCUGCCAUCCGUCCGUUUUUCUCUUCAAUGGUUCUCCUGAAACACAAGUUAACGUCCUUAAAUUGAAUACAUGGACCAUAUUAGUGUCUUAUGCGUUAGAUUUGUUACAGAUCUGCAGCCAAGACAGUUUUUAUACAAUUACUGUUUAUAUUCAAAAUCCAUUGUCCUUCUCUUCUGUUUUGAUAGAAGUGGUGAAUCAGACAUAAAUACUGGUGCAGCAUCAGAUUCUGAAGGCAGCUAUUUCUCAUUAACUGCUGAUUCAUACUUAUGCCAAUAUGCCAAUAUGAGAUUUGUGUUUUGACCAGUCUCACAGCCAAGUAUCAGUCUAGGGUUUUACCGUCCAGUGUGUCAUCACAAAUCAUUCUCUGCAGCUCAGGAAAGCUUUAUCAUUGAAGGCUUUUGAAACACUGAAACAUGAUGGCGCUCCAUUUCUAUUUAAGUGUUCAGAAUUUACUACUACUUACAAUCAGUGUAGUUCAGUACAAAUUGUUUUGUGUUGAUUAUAUUUGUCUUUACAAAUGCAACUUUUUAAUAAACUUUGUUUUUUUUUUACUUUAAAUUGUAAUGAGGUUGCCUUAACUGUGCGAUUUUAGUCUGUCACAUGAGUUCAUGUCAAAAUGCAUCAAACGAAUCACAGCACAAAGGUUUAGUCAUUUUAUUAUGAAAGUGUGUAUACAUUUGUAUAAAAGUACAUAUUGAUAGAUUUGACGUUAAUAAAGCCAAUGUGGUAACAAAGGAGCGAUGCCCACACACUGCUGGCACACGAGCAGGUAGUCGUUAUUAUUCAGGUGAAGCACAGACCCUGCUAUAUAUUAGCGCAUAUAUAUGUAUAUUUGAUUAUAUUGAUGCAUUAGUCUGAAGGACUGGGUCUCUAUGGCCAAGUGACAAUUCUGUCUGUAGUUACAAACCAUACGUAGGUAAUGCUGGUUAUUUAGAUUGGAAUUGUCUGUAUGUUGUUAAAUAAACUGCAUAAAAACAUAAAA